AAGGCAGCACAGUUCCCAAGGAGAAUCCCGCAAAGGAAGCAGGUCGCGCAGCCAGAAUCCUCCGGUAAAUAUUUAGAAAACAGUGAAAGGUUUUCUUCUUCUACUACUUUUCUAACGCACAGCACACGAAUGAGCGCAUAGUGCGGGGCUUUUCUGCUCGUCCGGUUCCCGGUCGGCUUGCUCCGAGCCCGGUGUGAAGCUGAGUGAAGAGCCGCCGCGGAGACUCGGACUCGGGACUUGGACUCUGUGAUGUGAUGGAGCGGAAAGCGCUCUGAGACGAAGUGCAACGCAUCCCCCCGCCUGCGUCCUGCUGGAACGUCGCUGACAGCCGCAUGCGCUGCCACGUGAAGGCUGUGUAACCGAGAGCGCCUCCGGCCCUCGUCCGUCCGGCUCGAUAAAAAGGCUCCGAAUACCAGAGAGGAAGCUGGCCGCCCUGGGAUCUGAGUCAAUGACCUGUUGGACAACACAAGAAGCACGGAGGAUUAAUUAAAAUGGGGCGGCCAUACUUGCUACCUGCCUGCUAUGCGUCUGAGGGCCUCUUUCUCUGCCCACAGCCAUGCCAGACGUGAAGCUUCCCCCACCAUGUGACUACCCCUCCACUUCCCCUGUUGCACUCUCCGCCAGCUCUCCUGCUGGCUGCAGCUCUCCCCUGCACCUCAGGAUCGACAUGGAGCCCUGCAUCGCCAACCUCCCUCUGUCCCCAGACCCCUUGAGCUCGUUCCCCCGCCACAGGCCCUUCCACGCUCUGUCGUACCCGCUGAUGGCCAGGUGCAACAGCAGCACCUUGCUCACCAACUUGGGGUUGAGGUAUUGCUCCAGCCGUCAGGGAGCUCUGGGGGUAGAGCGAGGGCAGGGGACGGUCCGGGGCUCCUGCAUCGACACUGGAAGCACUGGCAGCAGGCCUUACAGGAGUAUGGAGAACCUGAACUGGAGCGCCAUAGGAGAUCCUGGCUUGUGUGCACUCAGUGCUGCACCUUGCAGGAGCGUGGACAGCGAGUUUAUUUUGCGGUACACCUCUUCUAGCCACUGGUACGACGGACCUCCGGAUGGAUCCUUGCUCGGUGCCCACGGGCUGGUACCCAACGCAGAGAGUUUGGCAUUCUUUCCUCGACACGGGCUACCCAGAAAGGAUCUGCCUCUCUUUCCCCAGCUGCUGCUUCCAGGUGGUGUUGAUGAAUGGGAUACAAGGAAGGAACUGAGGGAGAAACUCCGUCUGCAGAGUGCAAGAUCCUCUGUUGAGCCUCUGAGGCCUCUCCCGAUGCGGCCUCAGGUGAACCCAAAUGCUGUUGCCAGUGAACGAGAAGGUGCGCAUCAGGGAAUCUCAACAGGGUCUAGGCCGACGUGCACAAUGCGUACAUCUCCAGAGGAGAUCAAGCAGGAAGUUUUGAGGCGCUUACAGCUCAGGCGGCAGAACAGCAGCCCCAACCUGACCGUCCAAAGCUCUCAGUCCAGCGCAAAAGUAGCCCAGACGUCCUACACAACAGACAACAUUGCAGGGAACCCAAGUGGGACAGAGUCUGUCUGUGAGCGUCGUAGACCUCCUGUGGGGCGACUGUACAUCCCAACAUUUGAGGAGUUUAAGAGAAUGAGGCAGAAGGAGGGAAAGCAAAGUGAGGAGUCUACGGGAGGUGACCAACACCUAGUGCAAAAUAAUGAAUCCUUUUCUGAUCAGACUGAGCCUCUGCUUGGACCUGGUGGAGUUCAGAAAGGUAAUUCUGGAGGUGAAGAAGGCGUAGGUGUAGCUAGAACCGACGAGGCCCCGCAAACCGCCCCCUCUGCAGAGAAACCUGCUUCAAUCACGACGACCAGUAACAGCACCACCGCUUCCACAUUCCCCUGCAGCUCUGUCACCAGCAGGAACUCCCCCAUCCGAACGGGCCCGUCGCCACGUUCGCCCCUUCAGCCCCAGGCUUCCACAGUCCAAGCCCAGGACAAAGCCAUUGUUGUAGGAGGAGACGAAGGGAGCGCCAGGCGCAGGAGGAGCAGUCUGGAACCAGCUGGGUCGGUUCCCUUCCCUGCCAGCAGAGAGAACUGGGAGCGUCCGUCCAGCUGCUGCCCGGCGCUGCUUCUGGAGGGCACGGACCUGUCGAAGUAUGGAGCCAAGAUAUAUAAGAUGAGGGAUGGGCUCAUCGGAUCUGCACUGGACCUCAUCAAGAAAAGCUGCAGUGCAGAGAUCUCCGCCGAGGCUCCAGUCAAGCUGUCAGGUGACCGGGACGGAGGCUGUGACAUCACCGCCCCCUCGCCCGACUGUCAGCCUCUCGCCGUUGCCAUGGCAACGCCGACAACGGCCUGCAGAGCCGAGGCUGGCGACGAGGCGCCUGCAGGAGAAGCAGCAGGAGAAAGGGAAGAGGCUGGAGAAUGCCAGCACGUGGGCCUGGGUUGCAGGCGCUCCAGUUCGGACGCAGCCUACGAGCAGGCGGAGACGGUGAGGGCGCAGCGUGAGUGCCGCCUCCGGCCCCACUACAGCGAUCCCAUGCCGGCGGACGCCUCCAAACGCAAACAGCUGGAAAUGAAGAUCGCCGCUGCUGCCCGGAUCCAUAGCCACCGCCGAGAUAGGGACAGGGACAGAGACAGAGACAGUGCACCAGCAGCAAUCCGCGGCCACUCUGAGCCGCCGGGCGAGGAGCGCCAGGCGGUUCUGGGCGUGACCCGCUGCGGGCAGCACCGCUGGAGCACCAUCAGCAGCCUGAGCUCAGACAGCGGCGUGGUGGGCCUGAGCGACGAGCGGGACGAAGAGGACCGCGAGCCACGGCGCUACCGCAGAACCAGGGGGGCAGAGGUGGAGCGGGUGGACAGCGGCAUCGGCCCGGGCCUGUCCCGCACCUGGAAGAGGCCGUCCACCUCUCUGAGGGCGUGGGAAUCCCAGAGGCCCUGCCCCGACUGCGGACAGAGGGACGGUGUCUCCAAAGAGCGGGGGGAGCGCAUGUGCGAGCGCUGCUCCAAGCUGCGGACCGAGCGCAAGGAGGCCAUCCUGGAGUUCCUGAACACCGAGUCGAGCUACGGCGAGGACCUGCGGAUCAUCAAGGAGGAGUUCUACUGCCCCAUGCAGAGCGCCGGGCUGCUGACGGCCGAGCAGCUAGCCGUGGUGUUCGGCAACGUUCAGGAGCUCAUAGACGUCAACGACCGAUUCACCGAACACCUGCAGGACAGCAUCGAUCAGGCCUUUGACCAGGGUGACGACGACCUGCUGACCGUAUACAUUGGAGAAAUCUUCCUGGAGUUCGUCAACAUGCUCCCUGCCUUCCAGACCUACUGCCUACAGCAGUCCACCUCGGUCAACAUGCUCAACGCUCUGGAGAAAGAGAAAGAACUGCUCAGAAUAUUCCUGGAUGUUUCCCAGAACGACAACACCGCAUUGCGUCGCAUGAACUUGCGCUCUUUCCUCAUGGCGCCGCUCCAGCGCGUCACUAAGUACCCGCUUUUGUUGAGCCGCAUCAUUAAGGUCACUCCUGAAUGCCACCCGGACUACGCGCGCCUCCGGGAGGCCAAGAGUCGAGUGGAGUCCCAUCUGGAGCACAUCAACAUGAAGACCAAGCAGGAGGGUAAUGGCGUCACAUGGUCCCUGCGCUCGUUCCGCCGCGACAGCCGCAAGAACCGGGAGGUCAUCAACAUCGAGAUGCGAGAGGUGUCGAUGAAGACCGUGGGUUGGGCGAGAGAAAACACCCGGUUCGUCAUGGAGGGACCUCUCCAGCUGUCCCAGCCGGCAGACAGCCAGUGGCUGAAAAAGGGCAGCAAGGCCCUCAAGUUCCAAAACGUGCAGAGUCUACUGAUGGUGAGGACACAGAAGGGCGGCGACUCCCCAGGGCAGGCCACCGACGUCGGACGGCAGGGGGAAGGCAUGGGGGAGAGCGUUCGAGACGGAGUGUUGGUCUUAAUCAAGGACAAGAGCAGCGGGAAGUUUGCGGUGCUGAGAGAGCCGAUCCGCCUCGCAAACUGUGUGGUGUCGUCAGAUCCGGACUGCGAGGACACCUUCGAGGUCCUCGACAUCCGGCGGGAGUCGUUUGUUUUCCGUGCCUCGGACAAAUCCCGCACCCAGCAGUGGUUCCAUCAGAUGAAGAGGUACGCCCGAGACUUGGGCACCUGGAGGAAAAGGCGCAACGCUCUGCCAAACAUCAUGAUCAACGCCAACCAGACGCGUUCCUGAGGCUAGCCUCCACCACAUCGUUGUUCCACUGUAAAUAACCCAAAGUCUCUCAACUCCAGAAACCCGAUUGCGACAUCUCCUGAAUAACACCUCCGUUCUGACAUUUUAGAUUUCAGUAAACAAUCACACAAUCUGUCUCACAUUGUGUGUGAGAAAACCAAGCACUUUUUUUUCCUAUGAAGCAGUAAGUGCGCCAUAUAAUUGUAUGUAGAUUUAAUUUUGAAGCUGUUACAAAAAAAAAAAGAGAGAAAAAUACCAGUUUUUUUGAACGACCAAAAAAUACUUGGGCUGUUCUUGAAAGCCUUGAUUGUAAAGACUGUUGAGUACCUAAAGGUGUGUUUGACGAAUAGCAUGACUGAACAUGACUGGCUGCAAAAAGAAAAAAAACAAACUGUUAUGUCAUUUUUAUACAAGACAGUGAGGAUUGCAGACAUUUUUGGUAAGAGACGGUAAAGAUUUCUUUGGGUUUUUCUUGUUUUUCUUUUUGUUUUUCAGUGGUUUACGUUUUGUUGUCACUGCCCUUUUAUCUUUGUGUGCUGCCCUCUACUGUCUGUAGGCGGCAUAACAACUUUCACUGCCAGAGAUGCAGUUGAGCAGAGCCUCUCCAUCGGGCUGAGAACAGACCUUUAACAUAUCUGUAAGUCAAUGGGAUUUCACGGAACAGCAAUAAUCUCAGCCAGUUUCACAAAGUAGCUACUUUAUAUGCAGUUAAUUCCCACUCAAUCUGCAGUCGGUCCUUCUGUUUUAUGUUACUAGGCAGGUUCACCGAGCCUCUGACAUCUGUGUAAGGCGGUUUGAUGAUUGACGCAUCGCUUCGCUAUUGCGGCCUCUGUUUUCUUCUUUAGAACCGAAAUCAUCCUGUUGUCAUGAAAUCAAUUUUUAAAAAUUGCGUUUUGUGGAUAACGUACACCACUAGUCAGAGAUGCACCAAGAAAUUCAGGGUGCCGAUCUGAAUUAGUUCAUUUUGAACUCGCUGAAUCUCAAAAAUCCAAUGUUUUUAUCUGUCACUUGAAUGCACCACACCUCAGUGCUGCUGGCAUAAAUACACUUCAUCUGUUUUCAGGAUCUGAGGCGUUCAAAAUUUAGUGAUAGGGGGAAAAGUCUAUUUAAUAAGAAUACAUUUAUUUCUAUGAUAUUGUGAGACAAUUUUAUGAUUCAUUCAGGCCCUGAAUGAAUCUUUCAUCAGAUAACAGGAAGGCUGAGCUUUUUACCACAAAGUCGCUUUGUGUAAUGUGAUGGAUUACGCAGGAUUUAAAAAUGUUGGCUGCCUUUUAGAAAUUCAAGAAUCUGUUUAUUUUUGUACUGCUAGCCAUGCUAAUCACAAAUACAAGAUGCUGAAAAUUGUUCAAAUUGUCGACUCCGUGAGUUUUAUGUCAUUUUAAAAUCGUAUACUCCUGCUUUUCUGGCAGUUCCCCCUGCCCAAAUAUAGGAUGGAUAAUAAAAUAUAUUGAAUUCUGUUCUUUGAGAAAUUUAAUUUGUGUAAAAUGGCUAAAGGCAUUUCAAAGCUUUACAAAUGCUGGGGAUUGUAUGUCGGCCACAAAAUGGUGCAUCUCUGGUACUAGUCGGCCUCGUUGUGUGUCAAGGGCAGAGUUUUUCAUCCAUGUACUCAGUGCAUCGGCAGCUGCGUUGGUUGAAACUAUAAUAGGUGCUUUCAUUUGUUUUUGUCACUAAAUAAUUCAAAUAUUUUCCUCAGCUGUUUUAAAAAGUUCAUGGAGAAAGAAUUGCACUCUUAGAUCCUGAAAACCAAAGUCCUUAAGCAUUGCAGUCUUACACUUUACAAAAUUAUGAUUGUAGAUAGGAAUAAAGAAAAAGUCACAAUUUACCGUUUCAUUUUCAAGAAGUGACCCAUCUCAGUUAGUCGGAUUAUGUCUAAUUGUCUCAUUGUUGUAAAAGGUAAGCAUUCUCUACAAAGGCUGAAAAACUCUGCUCACCUGACGACCCCAAGGCUGGGAGAGAGCGUCCCGAUCAUGUCACCAUGACAGGUUAUUAACUGUGUACUGAGACCAGCAAUGAGCUGUUGUGCCUUUCUACUUUAUUACUGUUAGACGAAGACUGACAAAUUCGCAAUCUUGCCGCAGUAGCAUUGAUCUCCACUGAACAGACGAGCCUGCCCUCCGUCUGCACAGGCAAUAUAAUUAUUCCUCUUACAGUGAACUGCCUUCUUUUUUUAGUGUGUUUUUAACCAGUGUGUUUUUACUUCUGAAGGCUUUAGUUUGAAGCACUUUAUAUUUAAGUGAAAGAUUUUACUCUCCAGUGUAACUGCUGGUGAAAUGUGUUCCUUCAUUGGCUAAGAUACUGGGUUGACUGGGCACAUCGAGACAGAGCCAGUCACGCCGAUAAUUUAAGACUAUUGCUGUUAUGUUUAUUAUGAAGUAGCAUUAAGAAGAACAUAUCACUGUGUUUUGGAGGGCAGAGCUGCUCAACUCCACACUAAGGCUCAUUUGCUGUUGGGAGGACAAAAAAAAAAAUCUCAAAGAAAACACCUGUAUAUGGUUUAUUUACUUUCCCCUUUUGAUUUGAGACAUCUUAUGUAUUAUUUCUCUAGUGUAAUAUAUUGUGAAUUAUAUUAAAAAAA